CUUUGUCCUGUGAGUGGAAGUGCUUUGCUCUUCUCUUUAACAAGCUCACAGUGUUUUAUAGUUCUGCUUUGGGGGUUUUAUAGUUCUGCUUUGGGGGUGCACAGGCUCACUUGCAAUGCUGCAGGGAACCCUGUUCUCUUCAGGGAACAAAGGGAAAUAGGGAAGGAAUGGAGUCUGACUCACCACAGCAUACCAGCAAUUCAGCUUCUUCAUGGACAGCUGUUUCUUUGUAUGGCUUGAAGCAUUGCUUCAAAGCUUGCAGUUCCACUUCAAAGUGGUUGGAGUCUGGUUUGCUGAAGAAGUCUGGCAUGCUGAAGCACAUUGCAACUUGAUCUGGGAAAGAAAAUACAUGUUUUCUGUCAGUACAAUGUGGUAGCUAACAUUCAGUUACACACAAAACUAAACAAAAGCAAACCAAGAUCCCAAAGCAAAAUAAAAUCCCAAGGAGUUGUAUAAUUGUACAAUAACUAAAGUAGGAGGGGAGCCUGUAGAGAUCAGCUAAUGCAACCCCUACCAACACAUCCAAAUCUGUCACUGUCCCAACAGAUCAGAACUUACUGCUGACUUAUUCAAAUGUUAGAUUAAUUAAUCUAACAUUGUCCUUCUGUGAACACCUUGUUCCAAGGCAAUGGAAAUUCACACAGCUGCUACAGAUAAUAAGCAUCACAUUUAGAAUUAUCUUUAACCAAGUUGUUUAUAUAGCCUGUAUCCAAGGUCCAUCUAAAUGAUGAUUUUAUGUACAUGAAGAAUUAUCUCACAGUGAUACAAGUUUUCCAUUGGUAUUGGAAUAGAGCUGCACUCGAAGUCAUGUGUUCCAGAGAUAAAAGACACUAUAAGAAAUGGAGUGGAGCUGAACCUGCGGCCUCCAUCACCAGGAACUGGCACCAUGCUUGGAGUCCUCUUUGCUGUGUUAGCUCUGGCCUCUGCAGCCUUUGGCUGCGGGGUUCCUUCCUACCCACCCCUUGUGACCAGAGUUGUUGGAGGGGAAGAUGCAAGGCCAUACAGCUGGCCCUGGCAGGUCUCCCUUCAAUACUAUUCCAAUGGCAAGUGGAGUCACACCUGUGGGGGAACCCUGAUUGCCACCAACUGGGUGAUGACAGCUGCCCACUGCAUCAGCUCUACUCUGACCUACAGAGUGUUUAUUGGAAAAUACAACCUGGCAGCUACGGAAGCAGGAUCAGUUGCAGUUUCUCCAUCAAAGAUCAUUGUCCAUAGGAACUGGAAUUCAAAUAAUGUUGCCAAUGGGUACGACAUUGCUCUGAUCAAGCUCUCUCAGCACGUCACCCUGAGUGACCAGAUCCAGCUGGCCUGCCUGCCCGCUGCCCAGACCAUCCUGUCCUCCAACACUCCCUGCUAUGUCACUGGCUGGGGAAGACUGCAGACUAAUGGAGCCCUUCCUGACAAGCUGCAGCAAGGCCGUCUGCUGGUGGUGAACUAUGCCACCUGCUCCAGCGCUUCCUGGUGGGGAACCACUGUGAAAUCCACCAUGGUUUGUGCUGGUGGGGAUGGAGUCAUCUCCAGCUGCAGCGGUGACUCUGGUGGCCCGCUGAACUGCCAGAGGGCUGAUGGCACCUGGGAAGUGCACGGCAUCGUCAGCUUCGGCUCCUCCAUCAGCUGCAACUACUACCGCAAACCCUCUGUGUUCACCAGGGUCUCUGCCUACAACAGCUGGAUCGAGCAGGUUAUGGCAACCAACUAAUCCACUGAGACCUGGAUGACAGUUACCAAAUGACCUUUGAUCAAAAAUUCCUGUGAAAUUACACUUUUACCA